AUGCAAUCAGUUUAUAGAUUAGUUGAGACAGUAAAUCAAUUUUACAGAGAAAUCAAUCCUGCGACUCUUUCUGGUGCGAUUGAUGUAGUUGUUGUGCAAAAACCGAAUGCUGGUGAAGCUUUUUUUGUAUUUGAAACUGAAAAUAAUGUUCCAGAAGAACUUCAAACUUCUCCAUUAGAAUUGGAUUUUUUAGACUUAGGUGGUGGUUCAUCAAAUGACCUAUCAUCAAAAAAGAAAGAUCAAGAUGAACCAGAAACUAUUGAUUAUAUUUAUGGGGUUGGUGGUGAUGGUAGUGACUCAGUUUUAACCGAUUCUAACAUCACUGUUACUCCAACUUCUGAUGACGUCACUGUUAAUGAUGAAUCAAAUCUUUCAAAAGAAUUAUACGAUCCAAACUGUAAUCUAGAUCAGAAAUUAAAAUUUGAUAAUGAUAAUGAUUUAAAUACAAACUUAGUUUCUGAUAAAAUUAAUGAGUCAAUAAAUGGCCGCGAUGUGGAUGACAAGGAUCAAUUGAAUAGUUUAAAUGAAAAGAAUGAUGAUGCAGCAUCAGAAACUUAUAAAGAUAAUAUUAAAAACAUUAAUUCAAAUGAGAAUAAUGCAAAAGGAAUCGAGAAAGAACUUCAUCCGUCACUUCGAUCCAUCAAAAUUGUUCGGGGGAAACCAGAAGGUCCAUUUUCUGAUACUGAAUUAGAUGAGACACGAAAACCAGAAAAACCUUUAGAACGAAGGAUGAAUAAUAAAACUAGUCCUUUGAGUGAUACUGAAUUAGAGUAUGAGCAUAAUAAUCCACCAAAAGAUUCUGAAGAAUGGUCAUGGGGCUGGGGUACACUUCCUGUAAGAAAAUCAGAAAAAUUUGAACAUUGGCAAGAUGAUGAUGCUGAAGAUAAAAAAUGGGAUAAAGGGGAAAAUGAGGAUGGAAACAGUUCAGGUUUUGAAAUUGACGGGAAAAAAUAUCACUUUGAGAUGUCGUUGUGUAAUAAAAAUGCUUUUGGAAGUGAUCUACAAACUGAUGCAGAAUUAUUUCGUCAGAAUUUAGUUACUUAUGAACAAUUUUCUCAAAAUCCUCAAAUAUUAAGUGAUAAAACACUAGUUGUCAAAUUUAACAACAAUUAUUAUUCUUGGUCUACGGCUGCACCAAUAAUUGCUUCACUUUUGAUUUUCAAGCAACCACUUCCAGAAUCGACAAUGGCAUCAUUGGCUAACAAUAGAUUAGAACCUGAUCGCCGGAGAUAUAGUUUAAGAGAAUGGAGUAGAUGGUGGAGUCGUUCUUCAAGUAUAGAACGUCCAAUAAAUAAUAUUAGGGAUAAAGAAAAAGCCAUACAAGAAACUGAAAAGGAUCAAAAUAAAUCAAAGAAGUUUUAUGCAAAAACUUUACGUCUAACUUCAGAUCAAUUAAAAAGUCUUAAUUUGAAAAAAGGGAUGAACACUAUUAUAUUUUCUGUUGCUUCUUAUAAAGGAAAAGCAACUUGUGCUGCUAGAAUUUUUUUGUGGGAUUAUGAUACUAAAAUAGUGAUCUCAGAUAUUGACGGAACUAUCACAAAAUCCGAUGCUCUUGGUCAUGUAUUUGCAAUGAUUGGCAAAGAUUGGACACAUUCUGGUGUUGCUAAAUUAUACAGUGAUAUAAGAAGAAAUGGUUAUCAAAUUUUAUAUUUAACUAGUCGUGCAAUAGGACAGGCAAGUUAUACUAGAGGAUAUUUACAAAAAGUUGAACAAGGUAAAUAUCAACUACCAGAUGGUCCUGUCAUAAUGUCACCAGAUCGAUUAUUAACCGCUUUUCAUAGAGAAGUGAUAAUGCGAAAACCAGAAGUUUUUAAAAUGUCAUGUCUACGUGAUGUUAAAAAAUUAUUUGAUGAUCAUAAUCCUUUUUAUGCUGGAUUUGGUAAUAGGAUAACGGAUGCGUUAUCUUACCGAAGUGUAGAUAUUCCAUCUUCACGAAUAUUUACAAUAGGAUUUAAUGGUGAAGUGAAAUUGGAAUUAUUGACGGGAUACAAAUCAACAUAUGUCGAUUUGACAGAUUUGGUGGAUCAAAUGUUUCCACAUGUUGAUAGCAAAGAAUGGGACACAGUAUAUAAUGAUUGGAAUUAUUGGAAACCACCAUUACCAGAAGUUGAAAUACCAUCUGAAAUAUUCAACACUGUCACAUCAACUCCUUCAUCGCCGAAAAGUCAAUCCGUUGCUAUGACAAGUUCACCUAGUUUAGGAAUGAUUAGAAAUUUAGCAGAGGAUCACGAAAUAUUUGAUUUGGUGGACGAUUUAGAAAAUGCAGAAGGGGAAGAUGUAACUUUUUAUUCAUGGCUUGGAGUAAAACCUACAGCUAGCGAGAAGGAAAUUAAUAAAGCGUAUCGUAAAUUAUCUUUAACUUUACACCCGGAUAAAAAUCCUGAUAAAGAUAGCAAAGAAAAAUUUUCUAGAUUAGGUUUAAUAGGUGCAAUUUUGCGUAAUUCAGAGUCAAGAGAACGAUACAAUUUUUUUCUAAAGAAUGGAGCACCAAAAUGGCGUGGUACUGGCUAUUAUUAUAACCGUCAUAGACCGGGACUUGAAUCGAGAGAAAUCGCCCGGGGUAAAAGAAUGAAAAAACAAAACACUAGGAAAAAAAUUUUUGUUAAUGAAAAGAAUUUCAUUGUUGAUUAUGAUAAUGUUUUCUUGUUGACUAAAGAUGGCAAACAAUUUAUUAUGGAUGAGAAUGAAAUUGAGAAACCAAGAAUUUUGAAUAUUUUU